AUGAAGCAUAUGCCAAACUUUGUUGAAGAAUUUGAAUGCCACCCAGAGCAACCCCAUUAUGGCUUUAAGUCAUGGGACGAUUUUUUUACCAGAAAGUUUCGGACGAAACCUGAUGUUCGUCCAGUAGCAUCCCCAGACGAUGAUUACAUUGUUGCAAAUGCCUGUGAAUCGGCGCCGUACAAGUUGGCUAUAAACGUUAAGCACAGGGACUUCUUUUGGAUAAAAAAGCAGCGAUACUCGUUGGAUUUCAUCCUGAACGGGAAAGAAAAAGCCCAGCCAUUUUAUGGUGGAACCUUGUACCAAGCAUUUCUGAGCGCCACCAGUUACCACCGAUGGCACAGCCCCGUGGCUGGUGAAAUCGUUGGAACGGAGCUUGUGGAUGGUUCCUACUACUCGCAAACCCACAACAUCCAGGACGACCCCGCAUCACCCAACAUGUCACAGGGAUACAUUGCUCAGGUAGCCGCCCGGGGUAUUAUUUACAUUAAAGCUAAAAACCCUCAUAUUGGCUUGAUGUGCUUCGUAUCAAUCGGUAUGUCAGAAGUGUCUACCAACGAAAUCACUGUUAAGAAAGGGGAUAAAGUGAAGAAAGGCGACCAGCUUGGCAUGUUUCACUUUGGUGGCUCCACGCAUUUGCUGAUAUUCCGCCCAGAAGUGGACAUCGAGUUUGAUCUUGGAGGUCAAACACCAGGUUUGGAUUCACAUAAUAUCAACGUCAAAGCUAAGAUUGCUGAAGUGAAAAAGCCAAAGAAGUGA